UUCCCUGGAAGCAAUUUUCCCCUUUAUGACCUGCUUUUUUCUUUGCUCAACCGCGGACGCGUGUUCAAUGUUGUGAGAAAUAUUUCAAUGGGAGGUUGAAACUAAGAAAAGAAGCGACAGAUGUAGCUAGGCGCUGGAAGAGGUGAAGCACAUUCCGCACCAUGUGGAAACGUCCUCAUUGAAUGAGCUUGUAAAAAAAAAAAAUCUGAUGAAGAACAAGAAGACAAGGCGUUUGGUACAGAAUAAUGGCUGCACCUGAUCUCCUGGAUCCAAAAUCAGCAACACAUAACUCCAAACCUCGCCUGUCCUUUUCAACCAAACCCAUAGUUUUAAAUUCAGAUGAUGACAGUGACUCAAUCACAACAGUCAUGAAGUGGAAAACAGUCUCUGCCCUCUUUCUUUUAGUUGUACUGUAUUUGAUCAUUGGUGCUACAGUGUUCAAAGCCCUGGAGCAGCCUCAUGAGAGCUCGCAGAAGCUUGCGAUUCUGGAUGGGAAGCUGGAGUUCCUAUCUAGCCAUUCUUGCGUGAACUCCACCGAGCUGGAGGAACUCGUUCAGCAAGUGGUGGCAGCAAUAAGAGCUGGUGUUAACCCGUCUGGGAAUUACUCGAAUCAGACCAGCAUGUGGGACCUGAGUAGUUCCUUCUUCUUUGCUGGCACCGUCAUAACCACCAUAGGCUUUGGAAAUAUUUCACCACAUACUAAAUGCGGGAGAAUAUUCUGCAUCAUUUAUGCUUUGCUGGGAAUUCCACUCUUUGGGUUUCUUUUGGCUGGAGUUGGGGAUCAGCUGGGGACAAUUUUUGGAAAAGGAAUAGCCAAAGUUGAAGACAUGUUUGUUAAAUGGAAUGUGAGCCAAACCAAGAUACGUGUGAUAUCUACCGUCUUGUUCAUCCUCUUUGGCUGCCUGCUGUUUGUAGCCUUCCCUGCAAUCAUAUUCCAACAUAUAGAAGGCUGGAGUACACUUGAGUCCAUCUAUUUUGUUGUCAUCACCUUAACGACUAUUGGGUUUGGUGAUUUUGUUGCAGGUGGAUCAGAAACUGAAUACCUGGAUUUCUAUAAACCAGUUGUAUGGUUUUGGAUCCUGGUUGGCCUUGCCUACUUUGCUGCUGUUCUUAGCAUGAUAGGAGACUGGUUCCGGGUGAUAUCCAAGAAAACAAAAGAAGAGGUGGGAGAGUUCCGUGCCCAUGCUGCAGAAUGGACAGCUAAUGUCUCGGCAGAGUUCAAAGAGACUCGCAGGCGCCUGAGUGUGGAAAUCUAUGACAAGUUUCAACGAGCUGCUUCCAUCAAACGCAAACUGUCGGCAGAGCUAGGGCUCAACCCCAAUCAAGAGCUGACUCCAGGCAAGAGGACUCUCUCCGUUAACUUUACAGAUGAACAAGAAAGAGAUGCCCCACAAACCUUGACAAAAAACGGCAGCCUUUACCUGAAUGGCUUGAGUGCACAGUACGCCAGUGGGGAAAUUGUUGUCAUUGAACACAUUAAAUAAAACUAACAAUGGAUGCCGAUUCAUUCACAGUAAUUUACAUGGUAUCUAUGGACUGUAUCAAACCCAGUGUGUAUCUGAUAUUGGAUUACAAGAGUACUGCACUUUGCACAUCGGUAGGUCAAGGUGAAAUCAAUGUAUAUUGCAUAAAAGCAACUACUGUCAAGUGAUGAUAAAUCAUUUUUUAAAUGAAUCUGGAAAUCAACUUGGAUAAAUUGGCUCAGUAAUACAUUACCCUAUUUGGCUUGAUUUGGAUGCUGCCAGUUUGGUUGGAGUGUUGAGGUCCCUAUUUUGUAUAGACUACUGAAUAAGAAAUGCUAAUGGAUCACCUCAUGUUUUGUACCAGCUGCAUCUGAGUCUACAGAGGUCAAUUUCUAUUUCUAAUUACAGGCGCUUAUAUCUGAAGGUGCAGCUUUUUUUUUCUUUUUUUUUUUUACUUAAGGAAUUUGAAUAGUGCCUUACAUAACAGAAGAAAAAAAAAUCUUAUAGAUAUUGCGUAUUUGAAGGAAUUAUCAUAAUUUGUCUUUUUUUCUUUUUUUUUAUAAAACUGACACUAAUGAAUGUGAGGAUUGUAAAUGAUGAAAAUAAUGGAUGGAAGGCAAACCCAAAGGACAGCAAAGCAACGCUCCUAACCCUAGCUUAACUGACUGCAGUUACAAGAGUUGCAAAGACAUACUUCGGUAAAAUAAUUUUCUUUUCCAUUAACCUACACAAAAGAGCAAAUCUAUUUCAGUUUAAACAGCAGGUCUGUCUGAAUAGGUUGAAAUGGUAUCUCUUUUGUGUGUUGCUGUAUCUUAAGUCAGUGUCACUGGCCUUGGUUUCACAAUGACGUCAUUUAUUUUCCCAAUAAUUUUCUAUUUUUAUCACAUGUAUAUCUAUUUUCAUAAUAUAUUGAUUUAUCAUGUUAGAGCACUAUUUUUUCCAGAAAUGUAUUAAGCAUAUUGAAAAAUAUAAACAUGAACCUUAGAAAGUAAGCAUUCUUUUGAGUUAUCUGUCAACUCAGUAAUGUUAACUGAACUAAGUUUUUUAGUUGUGACAAACCUUUAGAACUGUGCUUGUGAAUUGAUAUAGUUCAUGUUUAUGCAUGGGGCACAGUGGACAGCCCUUCUGUGCACCUGUAAACCAGCCCUCCUAAGAAUCGAAAAUAUUACUGAAAAGGGAGGACAUCAUUGUUUCUGCUGUUUGGGAUCCUCAAACUAAAAAUGUUGAAUACGAGACUCACAUACCGAUUGUACAGGUCUGCUUUGCUUUUGCAACACAGAGAAAGGCUUUAGAAGUAAAAUAAAUAAAUACAUUAAAAAAUAAAAAUAAAAAGUCCAUUGCAUAAGGGGAGUGGGGGACUGCAAAUUCUUUAUAAAAAGAAAUCUAGCGAUUGUUUGUUUUUUAUUUAAAGAAAAAAAGAUGAAUACUGUCCUUUACAUUAAUGUACAAAUAUAUUUCUACUGUAUGCGUUAACUAUGCCUUAUUCAGAGAUCCACCUUGAGACCUUUUGAAAGACAGUUUGGGAAGCAUUGAUCCUCAUUGCUUCUUUGAAAGACAGGUAUUCUUCAUAAAUUGACACUGUCAAUAGUGAUUCUAGUGUGUUUUAUAAAAUACAAAUCGAAAGUAUACGCUUAGCCAUUUAUUUUUACGAUACAAUAAGGCUAUCUUGCAAAGGUGUCUUCGGAUUCAAAACGAAAGGAUUGAUUCCUUGUGCAGUUAAAUAUUCAGACAUGAAUGCGAUUCUGAGACGAAGGGGACAUGUAGGCAAGUCAAGAUUGGGGAUAACACAGCUCAGCUAACAAGUGCAUAAAUAUCAAUCACAUAUCACUCAUCAAAUAUAACCCUAAAACAAAUGUUUUUCAGUGUUACUGAGGCUUUACAGAUAACAUGGCCUCCAGCAUUGACUAAAUUAUUAUGAGCUGGUUGAUUCACAAAAGGAUUACAAAGCUAACGCACUGGAGCAUCUCAAAAUGGAUUUCAUGGUUACAUUGAAUAAUUAAAAGCUGAAGAAGUUGUUUGUAGCUAAAAUGCUUUUCAAAAAGGCCAGCGCAAAAAAAAAACGGACGAAACAUUUACCAGAAAAAGACUACCAUCUUAACACAAUUAAAUGUGAAAUAAAACUCAAAAUAAAAAGCUUGGUCUGCUUUGUCAAAUCCAUAAAUAUAAAAAAUGUAUAAUACUAAUUCAGCAUUUGAGGCAUACCAGAUUUAAAAAACAAUUAAAAAAAUGUUAAGCAUAUUGUUUCUGCAUGCAUUAAAAUUUAAUUAUCACUUUUGUCUCCCCCUGUGUUUCUAACUUGUAGAAUGUUUUGUUGCAUUCUUAACCCAUUCUUAUAUUUCUACAUUUUCAUGCUGUUAAAGGAUGCAAAAAUAAAGUGCAUCAUUUAUAUUUUU